AUGUUCGCCAUGAAGCAGCAGGACCCCGACUCGAGGGAGCAAGCAUGCAUGCUGUGUCGCCGGGCAGAGGCUGACCCAGAUAUCUGUGGGUACAAAACAACAAAGAAAGGGCUCUGUGCCCACACCUAUUGCCUGUUUCUUGCCAGCGGGCGUUUUCCGCAAGAGCGCAGGAACAGGUUUCUUGUUGAGGACACCAGACGCGCAAUCCAGGAGGCAGCCCAGAAGCGCUGCUUCGUUUGCGGCGAGAUGGGAGCCACCAUCACCUGCCGGGAGAAGGGGUGCGACCGCAGCUUCCAUCUCCCCUGCGCCUCAGAGGGCGAGUGUGUCACCCAGUUCUUCGGGCUGUACAGGUCCUUCUGCUGGAAGCACCGCCCAAAGCAGGCAGUGCAGGCCACUCCAGAGCAGAGCAGCACCUGCGUCAUCUGCUUGGACCCUGUGGAGGACAAAAAGUCCUACCGCACCAUGGUGUGCCCAGCAUGCCAACAUGCCUGGUUCCACCGGAGCUGCAUCCAGAAGCAGGCUAUCCAUGCUGGCGUCUGCUUCCGCUGCUUGCAUUGCCAAGACAAAGAUCUUUUUGUGAUGGAAAUGCUCACCAUGGGGAUUCGAGUCUCCAAGAGACAACCAUCAUGGGAGAGCGACCAAGCCUUUGGACUGGUAUAUCAGAGGCACAUCCUCUGCAGUGCCCGCAAGUGCCUUUGCCCGAGAGGCAGGGAGCAGGCAGAGGAAGAGGGGUCCUGGCAACUGCUCCUGUGCAGCUCUUGUGCUGCCGAAGGCAUCCACCGGUGCUGCUCCUACUUGUGGAAUGGCACAACCACCUGGGAGUGUGAUUGCUGUGCUGGCCUGGGCACUGCCUCCAGUGACAAUUCAGAGCUUGCCAGCUGCAGCACCGCCAGCCAGGCGGCAGCAGGGCUUUCCCACAGCUCCCUGGUGUAUGAGAGCAGCAGGCCCAGCACCAUCACCCAGGCACCCCUGGGGCCAUCCCACAGGUCCCCAGUGCCUGAAAGCAGCAGCCGCUCCAGCCACCCUGGGCCAGACCGGAUCCGACACCGCUCGCGGUUACAACGUCGAGCGCAAAAGCCGUACAGCCGGCCUGGAAAACACCGUGGGACCAGCUGUGUGCCAGCCCCAAGUGCUGAGCCCAGAAGCCCCAGCACUGCCGAGCAGGUGACAGAGGGGCUCCUCCUUGGCACCCUGGCACUCGAGAGGAGCCGCUCCACCUCCGCCAGGCAGGCGGCAUCAGGGCUGUCCUGUGGCGCUCUGGCGCUCAAGACCAGCAGCCGCUCCAGCAACCCUGGGCCAGACCGGAUCCGACACCGCUCACGGUUAAAGCGUCAGGCGCAAAAACCAUACAGCCGGCCUGGAAGACGCUGCUGA